CGCGGCCCCCUCCCCAUGUGAGGCGCCGCAGGGCGAGCGGGGCGCGGGAGGAAGAGGAGGACCCACGGGCGCCGGGCCGGAAGGCAGCUGGCAGCAGGCCCAGGCAAGCGGGCACCCGCGUUCAUGUUCCGCCAGGAGCAGCCGCUGGCCGAGGGCAGCUUCGCGCCCAUGGGCUCCCUGCAGCCGGACGCGGGCAACGCGAGCUGGAAUGGGACCGAGGCGCCAGGGGGCGGCGCCCGGGCCACCCCUUACUCCCUGCAGGUGACGCUGACUCUGGUGUGCCUGGCCGGCCUGCUCAUGCUGCUCACGGUGUUCGGCAACGUGCUUGUCAUCAUCGCGGUGUUCACAAGCCGCGCGCUGAAGGCGCCCCAGAACCUCUUCCUGGUGUCUCUGGCCUCGGCCGACAUCCUGGUGGCCACGCUCGUCAUCCCUUUCUCGCUGGCCAACGAGGUCAUGGGCUACUGGUAUUUCGGCAAGGCGUGGUGUGAGAUCUACCUGGCGCUCGACGUGCUCUUCUGCACCUCGUCCAUAGUGCACCUGUGCGCCAUCAGCCUGGAUCGCUACUGGUCCAUCACGCAGGCCAUCGAGUACAACCUGAAGCGCACGCCGCGCCGCAUCAAGGCCAUCAUCGUCACCGUGUGGGUCAUCUCGGCGGUCAUCUCCUUCCCGCCGCUCAUCUCCAUCGAGAAGAAGGGCGGCGGCGGCGGCCCGCAGCCAGCCGAGCCGCGCUGCGAGAUCAACGACCAGAAGUGGUACGUAAUCUCGUCGUGCAUCGGCUCCUUCUUCGCGCCCUGCCUCAUCAUGAUCCUGGUCUACGUGCGCAUCUACCAGAUCGCCAAGCGCCGCACCCGCGUGCCGCCCAGCCGCCGGGGCCCGGACGCCGCCGCCGCGCCGCCGGGGGGCGCCGAGCGCAGGCCCAACGGCCUGGGCCCGGAGCGCGGCGUGGGUCCCGUGGGCGCCGAGGCCGAGCCUCUGCCCGCGCAGCUCAACGGCGCCCCCGGGGAGCCCGCGCCGGCCGGGCCGCGCGACGCGGACGCGCUGGACCUGGAGGAGAGCUCGUCGUCCGAGCACGCCGAGCGGCCCCCGGGGCCCCGCAGGUCCGAGCGCGGUCCCCGGGCCAAGGGCAAGGCCCGGGCGAGCCAGGUGAAGCCCGGGGACAGCCUGCCGCGGCGCGGGCCGGGGGCCACGGGGCUCGGGGCGUCGGCGGCGGGGCCAGGGGAGGAGCGUGGCGGGGGCGCCAAGGCGUCGCGCUGGCGCGGGCGGCAGAACCGCGAGAAGCGCUUCACGUUCGUGCUGGCCGUGGUCAUCGGCGUGUUCGUGGUGUGCUGGUUCCCCUUCUUCUUCACUUACACGCUCACGGCCGUGGGCUGCUCCGUGCCGCGCACGCUUUUCAAGUUCUUCUUCUGGUUCGGCUACUGCAACAGCUCGUUGAACCCGGUCAUCUACACCAUCUUCAACCACGAUUUCCGCCGGGCCUUCAAGAAGAUCCUCUGCCGGGGGGACAGGAAACGGAUCGUGUGAGCGCCGGGUGCGCGACCCGCGAACAGACUGGCGCCGGCUGUAGUCGGCGGGGAUCGAGGGGCGCAUUUAUGCAGUCCCAGCACACUGAAACCCGGGUCCUGCCUACUCGGUGUUUUCCUGGCCCAGCCUUGCCCUGCGGCUCCUGUGGGCCUCUACUCUUCCCCUCCCCCCAGGGAAAAGAACUGGCUGGGGGGGGGGCAGGAGGCCCCCCAGUUGUUGUUAGGGUCGCUUAUGACUUGGAGCGAUCCUCCUUGGUUCCUGGGCGUCCCCUAAUCAGUAUUGUUUCCUAAAGGUAUUUUCACCUCCCUUGAGUCCAGCGGUCAGUGCAGAUCAGAGCAAAAAAGCACUGAAUGGACCCCAGAAGGUAUGGUUCACGAAGGAUUAAGGGAUGGGGGUUACCCCGUCCUAGCUAAUUGCUCUCUCUUUCCCCCCAACUCUGUUUUUAAAAAAUGCUCAGGGCAGCCCUGCCCAUCCGCCCUUCCCCCCACUGUAAAUAAACACUAUUUUUGAUAGUACACGCUAAGGUCCCCAGUGUCUGGGCUUAUGAUGCUGUUGGAGAUGCCUUUGAGGCAGACACAUGAUCUUAGGUUCAGGCCCGGCCCCUUUGCAAUGCAAGUCCCUUUCUGGUGACUGCCCCUUGGGGCUGGACCUGCUUUGAGAUUCCCUGAGGGGGAAAAGCUUUCUGUCCAUUUUUUCCCCCUGUGCCUAACAGCAUAAUUGCCUUUUCCUAUGUAAAUAUUACAAGGAGGGACCAAGACAGAAGGAAAUGAACCUUUUUGCCUUGCAGCAGCCCUGUGUAUAAAGCCAUUAUCCUCUGAUGCACCCUUCGCCCCAGUAACUCACUUUAAAAGUCUUUCUUUCCUGGGUCCCUCCCUCCCUCUUUCCCACCUUCCCUCUCUCCAGGGCCACUGCUUGAAGAAUAUGUAUGUUUCUAUCUUGUAUGUUUGUGCACCUGCCCCUCCUUCUCUGAAAGUGCUGACUGCAAGAAAUCUUUUAGCUGCUGUUUUUAGAUGGAGGAGUGGAAAUUAUGUGGAAGAAGCAAACCUGAUACAAUUUGCCCAAGGUAAACAGUUCAAAAAGACAAAUGAGCCUGCCAAACCGUGCAGUUCCAGCCCCGGGAGCUCUUAGGUAUCAAAGUGCUGUCCUUUCCCCCCUGCUUUUCUGGUUGAGAUCAUGUCAUUGACGAACUCCCAAAAUCAAGGGAGGAGGGCGGACACCUCGUGUUUACAUCGAAGUUUCUACACGUUUUAGACAGAGACUCUUUAAGGCCUGCGCUCUUAUUUCACUAAAGACAAACUAAUGGCAGCACUCGUUGCUAAUGACAGUGGAUUUUUUUUUAAUAAAAAGUUUACAGAUCAAAUGUGAAAUAAAUAUGAAUUAAAUGGU